AUGGACUCAAACAUGUCAAGACUCAUUUGAAUUAUUACGUCAAUGUCUUCUUGAAGCUCCAAUUAUUGCUUAUCCUCGAUUUGAUCAAACUUUUAUUUUACAAUUAGAUGCUUCUGAUGUUGGUCUAUCUGCUAUUCUAGUACAAAAAUUGGUUGAUGAUGAUAAUGUUACUCCUGGACAUGUUAUUGGUUAUGCUAGUCGUACACUAUCAUCGGCUGAACGUAAAUAUACAGCAACAGAACGUGAAUGUUUAGCUAUCGUCUAUGGUUGUAAUUAUUAUCGACCAUAUCUUGAAGGUGUUCGUUUUACUGCUGUUACUGAUCAUAGAGCUCUUAAAUGGCUCCAUUCAACGAAAGAUCUUAACACUCGAUUAGCACGUUGGGCAAUGCAGAUUGCUACUUAUGAUAUGAAUAUUCAACAUCGACUUGAUAGUGAAAAUGGUCCUCUUGAUGCACUUUCACGUUAUCCAUUAGAUAUUAUUGCUGAUGAUGAAGAUGCUGAAAAUUAUUCUUUUAUUGCUUCACUUACAUCUAAUUGUCUUAAUACAACAAAUACUGAUCUCUUAUCUUCAUGUCCUUCUGAUUCUGGUUCAUUAUUAUUAGUGGAUUUUUUUCGACAAAAUUUAUUACCACCAACUUCAUUAACAAUUCCAAUACCUUUACUAUGUAUUUCUUCUACACCAUCUACGUCAUCUAUAGCUAAUAUUCAUUUUGCUGAUAAUAUUAAUUUAUAUGAACAAAUUCGUACUGCUCAAUGGAAUGAUUCUUCUCUUUUACCAUUACUUAAUUAUCUUCAACAUCAGAUUAUUCCUACAGUUGAUAAUCUUAAUAAAUUUUAUGGAUUAGCUCGUUUAUAUCGAGUAAUUGAUGGUGCACUUUAUCGUCUAUUUCGUACUCGUCAUUUACCUGAAGAUCAAACAUUCAUUCCAUCUUCAUUAUCUGAACGUACACUUCUCGUUAUUCCUACAUCAGAAAUACCUCAUGUUCUUCAACUUGCUCAUGAUCAUGCAACAGCUGCUCAUCUUGGUCGUCGUAAAACAUUAUCUCGUUUAACCUCACGAUUUUAUUGGUCACAUAUGCGUCGUGAUGUUAUUAAUUAUGUACGCGCUUGCAUUUUAUGCCAACAAUAUAAACCUGAUAAUAAAAAACCCGGUGGUUUAAUGAAACCAAUUAUCGUAUCUGAACCAUGGUAUACAGUUGGUAUUGAUAUUACUGGUCCAUUACCAAAGACUCGUCGUGGUAAUCGUUUUAUUCUCGUGGUGGUUGAUUAUUUUACUAAAUGGGUUGAACUAUUUCUUCUACAAUCUACAAAAGCAACUACUAUAGCUUAA